GGUCAUAAAUGUCUUUUCACGUUGGAAUUACAGGAUCUCUUUGACUCAUUUCUUGGAAUUUAUCCAGUAAAAACCUCCCCCUGCACUCUUUCAGUCUCAGUCACUUUGUCAGGGAAGAAGAAGAGGAAGAAGAAGAAGAACUUCCCAUAACUUUCUCUUCGUCCUUUCAAUUUCACUCUUUCAUUCAUUACUUAAUUCAUUCAUAGCUUUUGCUUUUUGGGUUUCGUUUCGAUUCCCUUCUCGGUGAUGUUAAUACUCCGCUUUGGUAAUUGUUCUUCAUUGGAGCGAGUGGUUUGCAGUUCGCUAUUGCAUCGGCUUUGUUAUUGCUUGCCGCCUACGCUCAUUUCCGUAAUGGUUUCUUCGGCGUUUUGAUCCAAAUCUCAGAUCUGACUCGUCGGCGAUGUCGGUGCCUGCGGCUUCCGUUGCUGCGGGUAUAUUGAAACAGGUUGCUUGCUCGUUUCCAAAACAGUUCAUUUUAUUGUGGUUUCUGAUUCCCGUCACCAAUGCCUACGUACCCGAUCUAUCAGCAGCACCUUUGGUUGCACCUGCUAUCCAUGAUAUGCCUUUUCCUGCCAAAUUGUCUCCUCACCAACACCACCGCGGAAAAAAUAUGUCACCGCAGAUUGUGUCAGCAGCUGGACUAGCACCGGCAUCUCCUCCUUACUAUGGGCCUCUUAUCACUUCUGGUCACUCACCCACAAGUUCAAGUUUUUCAAAACCAUUGAUGAAGAGUGGAUCGGCUCCUCCUGAUGGUAGGCUUGAAAACAUUGCUCCCAUACAGUCCAGUGCUGGUGCUAUUCCCCUUGGAUUACCUCAGCCACCACUUUCUCCUAAUGCAGCAGCAGACUGUUGCAAACCUGACAUGGUGCUGAAACGAGGAAGUGGCAAUGACUGCCACUGUGUCUAUCCCAUAAAAAUUGAUCUCCUCCUCUUGAAUGUAUCACAGAAUCCUAAUUGGAAACUUUUUCUCGAAGAGUUAGCUUCCGAACUAGGUUUACGAGUCUCUCAGAUUGAGCUGAUAAACUUUUAUGUACUUAGUUUAUCAAGGUUAAAUAUCUCAAUGGACAUUACUCCACAUGCUGGGAUCAGCUUUUCUGCGGUUGAUGCAUCGACGAUAAACUCUUCACUUACAAUGCACAAGGUUCAUCUAGACCCUACACUGGUUGGUGAUUACAAUCUUCUCAAUCUCACCUGGUUUACGCCUCCUCCCCCUUCUCAAGCUCCUACAGCUUCGGCAUCACCAGUAGCAGCUCCUGUAUAUCAUUUUCCAGCCUCAACAUCACUGAGUCCUCCUAGUAAAGGACACCAUUCCAAUCUGACCCUUAUUCUUGGGAUCGGUGCUGGCUUUUUUUUCAUUGCCAUUCUAUUUGUGUUGAUAAUUUGUCUAUGCACAUCUCGUCGUGGGAAGACUGAAGCACCUCCUUUAGUAGCUGAAAAACCAAGGGUUGAUGACAAAGUGCCUGGGGUAGGAUCUUUCCCUCAUCCAUCAAGUAUGAGAUGUCUAACUUACGAGGAGCUUAAAGAAGCAACUAAUAACUUCGAAGCAGAAAGCAUAUUGGGGGAGGGUGGUUUUGGCAGGGUUUUUAAGGGCGUCUUGAGUGACGGCACAGCUGUUGCAAUCAAGAGGCUUACAAGUGGAGGGCAACAAGGUGAUAAGGAGUUUUUGGUUGAGGUCGAGAUGCUUAGUCGGUUGCAUCACCGAAAUCUUGUUAAACUUGUUGGCUACUACAGUAAUCGUGAUUCUUCACAAAACCUGCUAUGCUAUGAACUUGUUCCCAAUGGAAGCUUGGAGGCCUGGCUCCAUGGGCCUCUAGGUGUUAAUUGUCCUUUGGAAUGGGACACCAGAAUGAAGAUCGCACUUGAUGCAGCUCGAGGACUUGCUUACCUUCAUGAAGACUCACAACCGUGUGUUAUCCACAGAGACUUUAAGGCAUCAAAUAUACUGCUUGAGAACAACUUUCAUGCCAAAGUUGCUGACUUUGGUCUUGCUAAACAAGCUCCGGAAGGCAGAGCUAAUUACCUUUCUACUCGUGUGAUGGGUACAUUUGGGUAUGUCGCCCCUGAAUAUGCAAUGACUGGUCAUUUACUCGUUAAAAGUGAUGUUUAUAGCUAUGGAGUUGUUCUUCUUGAGUUGCUCACCGGAAGAAAACCUGUAGAUAUGUCACAAACAUCAGGGCAGGAGAACCUUGUCACAUGGGCUAGGCCGAUUUUGAGAGAUAAGGAUCGGUUGGAAGAACUUGCUGAUCCACGACUUGGAGGAAAGUAUCCGAUGGAAGAUUUCGUGCGGGUGUGUACCAUUGCUGCAGCCUGUGUCGCUUCAGAGGCUGGCCAACGCCCAACUAUGGGCGAAGUUGUACAGUCUCUUAAAAUGGUCCAGCGGACUACAGAAUACCAAGACGCCAUGGUACCAUCCUCCAACAACCAAACCAAUGUCAAACAGUUCUCCACAACAUUCGAGUCCGAUGGAUCCUCGUCGAUGUUCUCUUCUGGUCCUUAUUCUGGUUUAAGCGCUUUUGACAAUGACAAUGUAUCUCGGACAGCAAUUUUCUCCGAAGAUCUCCAUGAGGGACGAUGAAAGCCUUCAAAGCAAGGUAACUAGGAAUCUCACGAGUUGGUAGAAUCCCACUCCAUCACUCCCCUCCUUUUUCGGUUUGGCAUUAGAGAGCGUGAAGCUUAGAGGAUUGUAGAUCAGUUUUAAGAACAUAUGGUUGCGUGAUCGGGACUUAGUAAUGGUGGAAAAGGGGGUGUUCAUCUCUUUCAAACUUGUAGGUUUUAGUGGAGAACUGCUGUGUUUCAAUUUUUUCAUGGCAGGUGACGUUUAUUCUGAAUGUGGUGGAUGAUAGAUUUUGUAAAUAUAUGUUCUUCUAGCUUUGUAUGAUGGGGAAUGGCCAUUGAAUGAUUUUUGCAUA